ACAAUCAGCUGUUCCCCCUGGCACGUUCUCAUACAAGUGUGAGGGGCGUGCGCCGCAACCAAAACAUCACCGGUCGCGGCACAAGAAAUGCUAUUCAAAAAUAACUCAAAAACAAUAUUCGUCGGUUUUGUGUUUUACAACAAAUGCAUACGAAAUUGAAUCAAAAGACGUGUUUAUUAAUGGUGACGCUGUGCGGCUCAUUGUCUUCCUCUGCAGUCGCCAGAUGUGUUGCAAGUGAAAUUCCGAUUCCGGCCUUUUAAUUGCAUUUGGGCAGUUGCAUUUUGCGUCCGAUGUCGGCCAGAUGACAAAUAAGCGGGUUCUUUACGUUGCCGGGAUCCUCCUAUCGUUCGUUGCGCUCGCGUUGGUCGGGAAUGUCUACUUGCUGUCGCGUUUGAAUGAUGAGCCCGCGAUUAAGGUGAGCAGCGUCCGGGCGCUGGAGAAUCUAAUUCGGCAUCGGGUGCGCAGCUUGAAACCUUCCUAUCUGAAUCGUAAUCCGCGCUUCUUCAUGUAUCGAAAUAGAUUGCUGCGGAACUACAAGCCGGCGCCGUACGAGAAUGCAAGCGUUAUUUGGGAUAUCGUCAACUGGUGGCCUGCCGAGAAUGAGAUUUACCCCAUGUACGAUUCCUCAAUGGGGCAACUGCUAAGCACCCUUUCAAAGGAACCCAUCACCAGAGCCCAGAACUCACCAAGAGGAACACAAUUAAAAUUAGUUCUUAAAUUGGCAAACCAGCAAAAAGUUAUUUUUAAACCGCAAUGGUACGGUCGUGACGAAGUAAUUGAUGGGCCUGUUUAUGGCGGGAAAGACAGACAUAACGCUGAGAUUUACGCAUUCUACCUAGCGGCAGUACUCAAUAUGCGGUGGACACCCAUCGCGGUCGGACGGAAGCUGGAUUUGAAAGAGAUUUACCAGAAAGCGGACCAGGAAUUGAAAAACACGAUGCUAGUUCAAGAAACUAGCAACGGAACUGAAUACUGUGUUUAUGGAAAGUGUCAUUAUUGUACAGAAGACGAGCCAGUCUGCGCCGAUGAGAACAACUUAAUUGAAGGUGCCAUAAUAUAUCUUAUUCCUGGAACGCUUUCGAGACAUCGAUCGCCUUGGCAAAGGACAUAUAAAGAUGGUGUUCGGGCUGCUUGGGAAGACGAUAUGAAUUACUGCAUACCUCUAAAAGACAAAAUUGAUACGACUCGCCUUUUAGAUUUGAUAGACGCAUCGAUAUUCGACUUCCUCAUACAAAACGGUGACCGUCACCACUAUGAAACUCGAGGGGGUGGUCUUAUAUUGAUAGAUAACGGAAAAGCAUUUGGAAAUCCGAACAAAGACUUCUUUGACGUUUUAGCACCUCUUUAUCAAUGUUGCAUUUUACGAAAAACCACAUGGGACCGACUGCUUGUAUUUUCCGGUGGAACUCUGACUGAUCUCAUAGAUCGGAUGACUAAAAAUGAUGAACUGUAUCCGAUAAUUAAUAAGAAGCACAAACAAGCCGUGGAGAGACGUCUACUCAUUGUAUAUAGUGUGGUUGAAUACUGCCUUGAUACCUAUGGCGAGAAGAUUUUGAAAUCUUAAGCCUAGAGCAUUGUGAUUUAACUUAGAGCUACAGUAAGAACAAAAUCCUAAAAUAAGUCGAAAAUUAUAUAUAAAAAGUACAUGUAAGAAAUGCCAAGAAUCAAAGUAGAAUGUCAUCAUGAA